CCUCCUUUUUCUCCAGUUCACCACUCGGAUCUCGCGCCCUACACUCCGUCUGCGAUCCAACACCGAUCUCCGGUUUUCGGCAUUCGCCCAUGGCAGCCGGGUCCUCCUCGUCCGUGCCCAGCGAUCCCCUGCUCAGGGACGAGCUCGACAUCGUGAUUCCGACGGCCCGGAACCUGGAUUUCCUGGAGGCGUGGCGCCCCUUUUUCCAGCCCUACCACCUCAUCAUCGUUCAGGACGGCGACUCGAAGAAUACGAUCUCGGUGCCCGGCGGAUUCGACUACGAGCUCUACGACCGAAAUGACAUCGACCGCAUCCUCGGCCCUAGGGCAGCCCGGAUCUCCUUCAAGGACUCUGCCUGUCGCUGCUUCGGCUACCUCGUUUCCAAGAAGAAGUACAUCUUCACCGUCGAUGACGACUGCUUUGUUGCCAAAGAUCCCUCUGGCAAACAGAUCAAUGCGCUUGAGCAACACAUCAGGAAUCUCCUUACACCAUCCACCCCAUUUUUCUUCAACACCCUGUACGAUCCUUACCGACUAGGUGCAGACUUUGUGCGGGGAUACCCCUUCAGUCUACGGGAAGGUUCUCCAACUGCUGUAUCUCAUGGAUUAUGGCUCAACGUUCCAGACUAUGAUGCCCCCACCCAACUUGUCAAACCUAAUGAAAGAAAUACCAGGUACGUUGAUGCUGUACUAACAGUGCCAAAAGGUGCAUUUUUCCCUAUGUCUGGGAUGAAUCUGGCAUUCAACCGGGAGCUCAUUGGCCAGGCAAUGUAUUUUGGACUUACAGAUGACAGCCAGCCAAAUGUUCGAUAUGAUGAUAUGUGGGCCGCAUGGUGUGUCAAGGUGAUCUGCGAUCACAUGGGAUUUGGCGUCAAGACUGGCUUGCCCUAUAUCUGGAAUAGCAAGGCCAGAACCCCACUUGUGAACCUUAGAAAGGAGCAUGAGGGCAUCUACUGGCAAGAAGAUAUUGUUCGCUUCUUCCAAUCUGUCACACUUUCAAAGACGUCCGUAACAGUUCAAGAAUGCUACAUUGAGCUCUCCCAGCAGGUCAGAGAGAAGCUCGGGAAGGUUGAUGCUUACUUCAUUAAGCUAGCUGAUGCAAUGAUGACAUGGAUCGAGGCAUGGAACGAACUGAAUCCAUCUGAAAACUAAAGACGCAGCCAUUGCCUGAAAAACCAUCUGUAAGGGCCCUCUUACUGCCUUUAUUGUUAGCAGCGUUGUCCCAAUUUUUUGUGACCUUGUCAAAGAACAACAUUCAACUCGUCAGAGAGACCACAUCAUGUUUGAAUAAAUCAUUAUAUCGCACAAAUUAUGAAAUCAUGCAAUCUAUUAAUGAAA